AUGCCUUGUCAACAGGUCUAUUAUCUUCAUCCCUUUGGAUGGGAAAAUGACCCCGACGAGGAGAGAUUCCCCGUCUCCACCCUCGAUUAUCUUACCGCCUGCACCUACAACAACUAUGCUCUGUUCUUCCGUCUAGAUGAUGCAGACAAGCCGAGAGCUGUUGAAGUGCUCAAAGGUGGGCUUGAGCGUACCCUCAGCCAAGCCAGACACUACUGCGGCACAAUUGAGAAGGACCCUGGCGGCGGUCAUUCAUUCGUCAAGAAGAAGGACAGCACCGUCCGCUUCGUUGUGCAAUGGCUUGACUCUCCCCACCAUGACUACCCUUCUUUCGAUGAAAUCGAGAAAAAACACUUCAACGCCGUGGCUCUGGGUGAUCUCGAGCUCUGGAGCGUCCCUCCCAUGACCUAUGGUGAGAAGCCAGAAGCAGACCCAAACAACCACCCUGUUGCCUCAGCUUUCAAGGCAAACUUUGUCAAGAGGGGGCUUGUCUUUCAUAUUCACCAUCAUCAUUAUACCAAUGAUGUCAUGGGGUGGUCUGGUCUGGUGCAUCAGCUUGCCGAGAACUGCUUUGCCUUUGCCAACAAGACACCAUUCCCCGACUGGGACCCUUCCAAUCUCGACCUGGCAAGACUUUGCAAGAGGGAGCCUCCUGAACAAGACAAGAUUGAUGGCCCCCCUCCCCAAGUGCGGCAUCCCGAUCACACCGAGGCUGUCUCGCUCUUGUUUCACCUGCCCAAGAGCAAGGCUGCUGAACUGAAAAGGUUGGCCACUCCUGAAGAUGGCAGCUGGAUCUCAACCUAUGAUGCCUUUUCAGCCUUCAUCUGGCGCACCCUCACGCGUGUGCGCGCUCCCAUUUUCAACACCGACAUGUCGUCCAAGAUCUUCUGGUCCGAGACGAUUGACAUGAGAAGGCGCUUCCACAGCCCAAAGCCCCCUGCCCGACUGCAGCAAAAUGUCAUGUUUGCCGCUCUAUCCCCCAGCGCUCCGGUAGAACAGCCGAAUGUGGGAGAACUCAUCUCGGAGUGGCCUCUAUGGCAAAUUGCCGCCUAUAUCCGCAAGAUGACCAACAGCGUGACCCAGGAGUCGCUUGACAAAACACUAGAGAUGGUUGCGACGGCUCGUGACAAGACGACCAUGAACAUCCGCAUCGACGCCCAACCGCCCUUAUCGAUUCUCCAAACCGAUCACCGAGAUGCCAGCGUCAGCAGGCUCGACUUUGGCUUUGCCACGCCCGUCACGUACCGCCAUCUGAUCAACCGAGUCACCACAGGCGUCAUCGUCAUUUACCCACCGCGAGACCCUUCGCCCGAGUCAGAUGAAGGACCCGAGUUUUCUAUAUUCUAUGAGAAGAGGCUGGCUCAGGAUUUGAUCGAUGAUCUCGCCUGGAAUGAGUACUUUGAGUAUCGAGGCAUUGACGCCGAAGAUGCAACUGAGUCUGCCAAGGUCAAUAGCAAUGCUAAGAUGAAUGGUCACACAAAUGGCGAUGCCAGUGCCAACGGCAAGAAGAAUGGGUUGUGA